AUGGCUUCUACGACCACCGUGAACAACUGGGUCGAUGCCCUCACCCUUACAUUCAUCCCGCCAGCAACUAGUUCUACAACCGUCGCCAAACACAAGGACAGCAUCGCCCGGCGCGUCAAGCACCACAGUUACGGACGGACGAACCAGUUUGCAGUGACGGAAAAGCUCAUCGGCUUGGAGGAAAAAUUCCAGGUUCUCAAUCGCGACGAUGUGGCUGGCGAACUGUUCUCACGACGCGUCGAGCUAAAUCGGGACCAUGGGGACAUUAAGUGGUUGCCUGAUGUUUUAGACUUAUUGUUGCACUUAUCAGUUGAUCCGGUGAAGUACAGUCGGGUUCAGGAUCUGGAGAAGCUGAGACCUGAUUCUGCGGUCCAACCGGUGCUGAAGUGGCACGAUAUCGAGGCUGAGGAUCCUAUUGAUCGGGGAGACCCGAUCUGGCAAGUUCCGCAGUAUUCUGACUUCAGCUCCGACGAGGAGGAAGAAGUUGUUGCUUCGAGUACGCAGACUUCGCCGGCCAGCGUAAAACAGCGACACGCCGAAAAGUUGGAUGAGGGCAGCAUAUUCGAUGCACCUACCGUCGAAGUAGCCUCAAAGCUAGAAGCCGCCCAAUUCUGGCGGACGCCUGGCGACGAUGUCACAAUCACGGAGACGCAGGCUGUUAGAGAAGUGUUGUUCAUGUUCAGCGGCCUGCCGACGUCGGUCUUCACGCGUUCUGAUGACGGUUUCGAGCCCAGCGCUCGGUACCGCAUCCGGCACCUAGAAUCGGCCACGUCUGAAUCAAUAUUGAAGGAAGCCGCAGAUAUCGCUGCAGAAAUUCAACCAAUACGCCAAUGGCUGCGAGGCCGUCAGGACACAAGUGUCAUGCAACUUGUUCACAGCGAAAUCAGCGAGAUGCUCGCGGAUUUUGAGCGGACUAUAUCUCAAGAGCACACUGGGAUCCUGCAUCAGAGUUCGCAUACUGGAGUGGUCAGCCUACUCCAGGUGUUACAAAGGGUUAAGAGGGCGAGUCUUCCACUGAAAGCUCUCAAAACCAUCACUUCGCAACUGACCAAAAACGACCCGGUUGUUGUCCUAGAUGCCAUCCAUAAUGCCGUCGAUAUUGCGCAGUCAUCUUGCAACAUCGUCGACGUGGAAUCUCUGCUUCCCAUUUUCCUCUCUGCUCUUACGCUUCAUGCGAAAUCUAUCGACACUUGGCUGCACACCGGCGGUAUCGCAAAGACGAAAGCUUUCUUCAUCGCUGAGAACCACAAAAAACCGCCGCAAAAGAGCAGCUUGUGGCAUGAUUGGUUCAGCUUAACAUCUAACUCACCCGAUGUGGUACCAGCAUUUCUGAAGAAGUUCACGGCAAAGAUGUUCACGAUCGGCAAGACAGCGGCCUUUCUGCAACAUCUGCAACAUCUGGACGCCGUGCCUCUAGACGACCAAGCUGGUGAUUUGGGAGUGGCUGCUGCUGCACUGGAGGCCGCAAAUCUGAUCGCGAACUCGCCGCUGCCCUUCUCGGCUACCUUUGACAUGAUUCUCGAGCGGCAUCUUAGUGCUCUUCUCAACAGCUCCACAAGCAUGCUUAAACACAUUCUGGAAACUAGCUGCGGUCUAACAAAACUCCUGGACGCCUUCGACUACCUAUAUCUUGGUAAGGAUGGGGUCAUACUCGACGCGAUUGAGAACAAGAUGUUCAAGCAAAUCGACCAUUGUCUGGAUAUGUGGAACGAUCGUUUUCUGCUCAGUGACCUCUUGGCCGAGGCAUAUAACGAUAUUAACUGCGUGGAUGCCAAGGCCAUCACUAUUCAGACAGCAUAUACCUCUUCGAGGACGAUGGAGAAUCGCCGUCGUUCCGUCAAGAUUCUCGCCGCUGUGUCCAUAUCCUACCAUCUCGCGUGGCCUCUCGCCAACAUCAUCCUCCCAACUUCGAUAGCGUGUUAUCAACGCAUCGCACUGACGUUGAGUCAAGUCCGUCGCGCUAAACACCAACUAGAGCGGAGAGCCAAUUUCUACAUCCAGCACAUGCCUCUCAUAGACAAUCAGACCGACACAAAUCUGGCGCGGCUUGUGUACUGGCAAAUUUUACUUUUCGUCAAUGUUCUCUACACUCAUCUGACAAGCUGCGUCAUUCAGCCUCUGACAUCCCACAUGCGCGAAUGGCUACGAUCCGCAUCAACAAACAGCCUCGAUGACAUGAUCUCGAUCCACGGCCGGUACAUAUUCGCGCUAGAACACGCCUGUCUGAGCAGUGAACGGAUGAAACCCCUCCGCGACUCCCUGAUCUCUGUCCUCGACUUAUGCAUCCGCUUCUCCGACAUGAUAACAACGGCGGUGACCAACACGGGGAUGCAAGCGGCCCCACGGGAGCGACACGAAGGCGACUUCGAAGCCAGCAGCUUCAUCUCGGCACAGAGUCGUCGUCGGCGAGGCGGCAAGAAUACCAGCGCGGGAGACUUCGCAUCGUCUUCAGACGAGGAUGACGACGACGACGGAGUGGGAGAAGGCUACUCGACGUUCGUGUUCGACGAGGACACGUCGCUGGGCCAGGAGAUCUCGAAAGUUCGCAAUGAGUUUAAGAAACAUGUCGGAUUUCUCAUCGUGGGUACGAGAGCUGUGGCGAGAAGUUCCAGCACAGGUGUACGAGCAGUUGGUGCCACGGGGGAAUUUGAGGUUGGAGAACGGUUUGAGCUAUUGGCGGAGUCGUUAGAAGGCGCCUUUCCAUCCACAAGGAGGAUUGGCACUAUCUGA